UAAGUAUUUGUGGUGAGUUCAGUGGUCGCUUUCAAAUCUAGUACUUUAAUGUAGUAAAUAGAAGUUUGAAUUCGUAGUGAGUUGCUGCCAACCGACGUUGAGCACAAUAACCAAUUCCGGCAACGUGAUUUGGGGAAAAAUCGAAUCAUCAUAGCGGACCGUAUCGGAGAUAUAGCACAGCUGCACAGUGAACUGGUGACACAAGUGACCCACUACAGUGAAAACUACGCAGUUCAGCUGUUGCAGUCCUACUUCGGAUUAGUUAUCAUGAACAUUUUUAGCGCUUUCACGCUGUAUCGAGCGUUGGUGAAACCAGAAUCGGAGAGCGACAGAAUCGCAAUCAUUAACUUUUGCUGGAGUUCCUAUUACAUUGCUUAUUUGGUGUUCAACAUCACCUUAGCCGGAAUGAUCACUGAAGAGGCCAAGCAAAUUGGAAUCUCGAUACACAAAGCCAUAGACUUGCUGCACGAUGAAAUUCUUUGUGAUAAGUUGAUGCUCUUUUCAAAUCAAGUCUAUCAAAGAACGCCAGUUGUCAACUGCAAGUUAUUCAACUUCGAUGGAUCAUUAAUCUUCUCGACGCUCGGAGCCAUAACAACCAAUUUGGUAAUAUUGAUACAGUUUGACAUACUAUCUGGCGAUAUUCAUUAAAUAUGUUGCAUUAUAUUCGUAAAACCAAGGCAUUUAUAAUAAAAGG